AUGGCGGCCGCCGUGUCCGUUAGCGCCGCUGCGGCAGACGAGAGCUCGGAGCCCGGUCUCGGCUUCGCCCCCCGUCCGCUGAACGAAAACGACAGUUACGACCUCGCCGCCGACCGCCUUGCGCGCUGGACGUCCGGGGAGUACGGGCGCCCGGACGACGAGGAGUCGGCGGCGUCGGCGGUGGCGGCGGCGCCGGGGCAGGAGCGUCACCCCCGGGCCGACGAGGAGCUGACGCCGCUGAGCGCCGAGGAGAUCGAGAGCCGGCUGGACAGGACCCGCCGGGAGUUCUACAACCGGCGGAAGAUCAUCAUCAAGAACCUGCCGCACGACGUCAGCAACCAGGAGGUGCACGAGCUGUUGGCCAGUUAUGACUUGAAAUACUGCUUUGUGGACAAGUACAAGGGCACAGCCUUCGUCACCCUGCUCAACGGGGAGCAGGCUCAGUGCGCCAUCAAGGAGUUCCACCAGCACGUGCUGCGGGAGAGGGAGAUCUCUGUGCAGCUGCAGCCCACCGACGCCCUGCUCUGCAUCGCCAACCUGCCCCAUGCCUUCACUCAGCAGCAGUUCGAGGAGCUGGUACGCCCCUUCGGGAACCUGGAACGCUGUUUCCUGGUGUACAGCGCCACCACCGGCCACUCCAAGGGCUACGGCUUCGUGGAGUACAUGAAAAAGGACUCGGCGGCACGUGCCAAGUCGGAGCUCCUCGGGAAGCAGCUGGGGUCCCGCAUGCUGUAUGUUCACUGGACUGAGGUAGGCUCCCUCACCUACCUGCUGCUGCACUCCAGGUGCCUGUGUGUGGACCGCCUCCCGCCCAGCCUGCUGACCGCCCAGGACCUCCGCAAUGCCCUGGCCGACAUACAUGCACCCAUCUUCUGCCAGCUGGCUCAGGGGCAGGAUGGAAGUUUCCGCCGUUUUGUGGUGUUGGAGUAUGCUACGGCGGAAAUGGCGGAGGAGGUGCAGAGGUUGGCUGAUGGCAGGAUGCUUGGUGGGACUCAGAUACGGGUGUCCUUCUGUGCCCCUGGUCCUCCUGGAAGAAGUAUGCUGGCUGCUCUGAUUGCCGCCCAAACCAUGGCUGUGAACAGAGGGAAGGGUCUUCUCCCCGAACCCACGGCCCUGCAGAUCCUCACAGGCCUCAGUAACCCAGCCACCCUCAAGAUGCUGCUCAACCCUCUCACGCACGGACGCAAACAAGGUCUCCUCGGGGCAGCACCUGCCAUGCCACUGCUCGCCAACCCGGCCCUCUCUGCCGCCCUGCUGCAGCUGCUGCUGCAGAACCAGGCCCAGGCCCAACAGCAAGCCUUUCUGGGAAACCAUCUACUGUGGGCUCAGGUGCUACACAAUAAAGAGAACCGCCUCGUGCCUUGUGCAGGACUCAUCGGGGACAAUCCUUUGGCUUUGCCGCUCCAACAGGGCGUCCAUCUGCUCAGCGGAGACUUACCCCAAGGUGGCGUGGUUCCGGGUCUUGGCCUGCAGUCAGAUCCCUUCGCCCCCCUCAAGUCCAUGUCUGUGGGCCGAGCCAUGGGGCGGGAGCAGGAGUCCCCCACCACCGGCUGCACCUUCCCCCAGACUCCCCCUCCCAACCUGCAGGGCAUCUCUCUGCCUCUGAUGGGGGGCAUGAUGGGGGCAGAGGGGCUCACAUCACAAGGGGUGUCUAUACUGGGAGACCCUCCCAAAGAGGUGAAUCUCCCACAGAGUGCCUUCCUCAACGUCCACAGCGUAUUCCCCUCAGGAGGAACCUGCAGACCCCACCCGUACAGGAAGAGGCCAACGCUAAGCAACAUGUCCAACCAGCGCGCAAACCAGGGCCUGCACUCCAGCUACAGCCUGCGCUACCAGGAGUCUUACAGCCCGGAGUACCCUCCCCUGCACCAGGAUCCACUGGCCCAUCUAUAUGAACAGCAGGAGAGCCUGGACGCUGGAGACCUGCCAGGAUUUGGACCACAGCUGUGUCAUCAGCCUGACUACAGCGAGCAGUCCUCCCACUACAGCUUCCCUGCCAGCCCCCCGCUCACCUCCUACUUCAGCUCUGCGUCAGGGGUCUCCUGCGGUGGCAACCUCCCCUCCAGCCAGCUCAACAAGGCUGUAGGAAUGCCUCCAGUGAGCCACACAAGCUUCCAGUCCGGCCUCGGAGACAUGAAGACUCCCAUCGGCGGCCACAAGCGCGUCUUCUCUCGGCUGAUCCCGUCUCCAGAGCCGAGUCCGGAGGGAGGCUACGUGGGCCAGCACUCCCAGGGCCUGGGCGGUCACUACGCAGACUCCUACCUGAAACGCAAGCGCAUAUUUUAGCCACAACCAGAUGCCUCUUUGCUGUACGAGUAGCCAUUCAGCAGCCUGGACACGAUGGGCAGUCCCUGCUCAGCCUCUCAGUUCGGUGGUCCAUUGAUCCGCUCCUGUGUGCUCCUGCUAGCGACCCCUGGAGGGUGCAGGGGAGCGCAGCGUGUUGCUAUCCGGACAGUUGCGUGCCAGUCUAUGGGAAUUCCUAACACCCCCCCCCCCACCACCACCACCACCUCCAGCUUCCCAUUCCCUGUAUAUAUGAUUUCAGUGUGUGUUAGUAAUUUAAGUUUUUACAUUUUUUAAUUAGAUUUUUAAUUCCACAAGGCCGUUGUGUUUAAUACUUGGAGUAUC